AUGUCAUAUAGGACCAUCGAGCCCUAUCUAGGGUCCAGCUACCGGCUUCCCACCAAGGUUGUCGUACCAGGGGCCGAGACAGGGCCUCCUAGCUUCAACUUUCUCUCGUUUCUCGCGACCGUCCAACGAUUCAGGUUGCAAAUCCUGCCAAUAUUGUGGGAUGCAGGCCGCCAAGACGUUGGGGCAGGAGCUACAUCACGGGUGAGCGAAGGGACCAUCAAUGUCGAUACGAGCUUUGCCUAUAAGCGAGUCAAUAGAGAAAAGACCGAGGCCCAGAUUUUUCAGGCUUUCAGUAAUGAAAUCAGCGUUCUCAGCCACCCGAUGAUUCGUCGACACCGAAACGUCGCUCAGCUGCAGGGGAUAUGCUGGGAAAUAUCGCCUGCUGACAACAACCCGUGGCCUGUGCUGGUCUUUGAGAAAACUCAUCUCGGAGACUUGAGAACUUUCAUGAGACUUUCUGCAGGAUCGCAGCUUGGUGUGAAGGGGCGCUUAGGUCUCUGUCUAGGAAUUGGCAACGCGCUGCGAGAUUUCCACAAUCACGGAAUCAUCCACGGUGAUAUAAAACCGGAAAACAUCGUGAUUUUCAGGGUAGGCCAGGAUGAGUACGAAGCAAAGCUAAUCGACUUUGGUUACUCUACGCUCUAUUCUACACAAAAGCUUCGUGUUCAAUUACCAAUAUCCAAGCCUUGGAACGCCCCGGAACACGAUCGAGCGGCAAGAGAAUGGACAUUUGAAGGUGCCAAGCUCGCAGAUGUCUAUUCGUUUGGUCUCCUGUGUCUGUGGGUUCUAUUUGAGAGGUCCCUCUCGGGCCUGGCUCCUCUCCCUCCAAGUGUGUCUGAUCCCCAAAUCCGAAGGCUCUUAAAAGACGGAGACUGGUAUCCAAACAGAGAUCAAGAUACCAUACUUGAAAUGAAGGCGUAUCGGGACUCAUUACAAAGCUUUGCUGGUCAGCUAGUAGACGCUCAAGAUGGCUUGACUGGCGUUGAGCGAUCCACACUUGAAAUGUUUCUUCGAAAAAGCUUGAGCAAAGAUUCAUUGCUCCGGGUAGGGAGCCUCGAGUUGCUUCUUGAAGGCUUUGGGCUUUUCAACCCUAGUACCGAGACCACAACUCAAAACAUUUCAAUGGUCACCUCUCCGGAUAUCGAUUUUAAGAUAACCACAUCGAUUGAAGAUCUAUAUAGAUGUGACUACCGACUUAGGAGCAAGAUCUUCCAGUGUUUGGAUCAAACUUGUCAUCGUAAUAGCCCACUAGCUUUUCAGCUCGCAAUUUGCCACUAUAUCGGGUUCGGAACAUUGAUUAACAUUGAAAGCGCUGAGUCAAUUUUGAAACAUAACAAUAUGACAAUAGAAACCGCGCAUAAAGCCGUGUUAAAUUACGAGACAGACGAUGAGAAAAGCGACGACGAGAUCCCGCAACGCUUGUCUGAGGUUAUUGAGAUGGGUCACUUCGAUUCCAACCCAUUGAUAGAUCUCUAUCAGAGAGAGAACCGACUUCCAGAGGCAAGUUCGUCCCUCGAGAACGAGAUUGUUGGCGUAAAAAGAGUCCUAGGGGAUAUGGACGGGAUCGUACGGUUUCUCAUGUCCAGCCUCUCUUCCAUCCUCGCCCUCCAGGGAAGAUGGGCGGAAGCAGAGGCCAUCGAACUUGAGCUUGUCAAGAUUUCCAAGGCUACGCUCGGUGACAGCCAUCGGGAUACAUUGAAUGCGAUGGCAGACCUGGCCUCUACAUACCGAGACCAGAAUCGAUGGCAGGAAGCCGUGGAAUUAGAAGAGCAGAUUUUGAAAACAAGUCGAAAUGCGCUUGGCGAGGGAUAUAUCGACACGAUGAGUAGCAUGGGCAAUCUUGCUACUACCUAUUCAUACCAUGGACGAUUCAAGGAAGCUGAGAGGCUAUAUUGUGAACUUUACGAAACCAAUCAGAGGAUAUUAGGGGCCGAACAUUACGAUACUUUGUCCACUGGCCUUGAUCUUGCAGGGUUGUUUCGACAACAGGGUCGCUUCAAAGAGUCAGAGGUCCUAUUCCUAGAAGUUUUGGAGAAGAUCAGAAGGGUCCUCGGCGAUGACCAUCCCGAUGCAUUACGUGGUACGAGCGGGCUUGCCACAAGUUACGUUUCGCAGCGCCAAUGGAGUGCCGCCAGUAUAUUGCUGGGUCCUCUUGUAGAGAAGAGUAAGGCUGUGCUGGGACCGCACAAUGUGAUUACUCUUCGGUACGCAUCCAAGCUGGCGAGCGUCCUCGCUUCGCAAGAUCGCUUAGAAGAAGCGGAAACCAUGUCUCGAGAAAUAUUUGAGACUAGGCGAUCCUUGCUGGGAGAGGACCAUCUUGACACCCUCCGAAGCAUGAAUAGACUUGCCCGGAUAUGCAUAAAGCAGAAAAAGCCAAAGGAUGCGGAAGAUCUUCUGGAGCCGUUGUCCAAGAUGUGUCCAAGAGUUUUGGGAGACACCCAUGAAUUGACCAUUGAUACAAUAGCCAUUUUGGCAGUAGUGUAUGCCAAGCAAGGCCAGAUGAUUAUCCCGAUCCGAAUGCUUGAGGAGAUGGCAGAAAAGCUCAAAUCUGUACUUUACGAUGACUACAGCGAUUUAGUACAUGUCCUAUCAGAGUUGGCUGUUAUUCAACUUCAGUUCAUGAAUCUUGGUGAAGCUGAGAAGCUGUGUCGGCAGAUCCUGGAACUCUGCAGUCGCGCUCCGAACGACAAGCACCCAGGGAAACAGAGCGCCUUGGAAACACUUGGCAGAGUUUAUUAUAGACAGCAGAGAUUCAUUGAGCAGCAGAAGAUACUUGCCCAGAUAUUGGAAUUGAAGCGAGAGUCACUUGGAGAAGAGCACCCAGACACGCUCGCUAGCAUGCAUGAGCUUGCCUGCCGCUGGGUCAAUUGCGGCUAUACCAGCAAGUCUCAGGCCUUGAUGCGAACUUGUAUUUCGCUUAGACGCCGUGUCUUAGGUGUUGGACACCCCUUAACCAAGGAAUCCGAGCAACUUCUAAAGGAGUGGCAGGCUGGGUAA